AUCCAAUGCCGCCUGCUACCAGCGUACUGCCACCACUCCUCCGCUUUCCCGUCAUCUCCCUCCCUGUUGCUCUGCUGCACAGCAAUCGCCUCGUUUCAUAAUAAUAAUAAGGGGAAGUGAGGAGGAGAUUGAGGCGAAGAUGAUGCAGCAGAUGCAGCAGGAGCCGUGGAACGCCGCCGCCGUGGGGCUCCUCCGGCCGACCAAGUCGGCGCCCUGCUCGCCAAUCAAGCCGGCGGCGGCGGCGGCCAUGCUGCGAACCCACUCCGACUCCUUCCACGUCGCGCACAAGGUGCCCGUCGGCGACACGCCGUACGUGCGAGCCAAGCGCGUCCAGCUGGUGGACAAGGAUCCGGAGAAGGCGAUCGCGCUGUUCUGGAGUGCGAUCAAUGCCGGCGACCGCGUCGACAGCGCGCUCAAGGACAUGGCCAUCGUGAUGAAGCAGCAGAACCGCGCCGAGGAGGCCAUCGAGGCCAUCAAGUCGCUGCGCAGCCGGUGCUCCGACCAGGCGCAGGAGUCCCUCGACAACAUCCUCCUCGAUCUCUACAAGGUUCGUCGUGCUCGUCCUUCUUCGCCUCCCACGCGUCGACUACCUUUUGUGCACGUAUGUGUUCGAUUGAUGCCUCUGAGAGACGGUACUGAAUCUAAGUGCGUUCUUUGCUGUUGUCCUGAUGCGCAGAGAUGCGGGCGGCUGGACGACCAGAUCUCGCUGCUCAAGCACAAGCUGCAGCUGAUCCACCAGGGCCACGCCUUCAACGGCAAGCGGACCAAAACGGCUCGCUCUCAGGGCCGCAAGUUCCAGGUCACCCUCGAGCAAGAAGCCACCAGGCUCCUUGGUAACCUGGGAUGGGCGCUGAUGCAGAAGGAGAACUACACGGAGGCGGAGGGGGCGUACCGUCGGGCGCUGCUUAUCGGGCCGGACAACAACAAGAUGUGCAAUCUGGGCAUCUGCCUCAUGAAGCAGGGCCGCGUGCUCGAGGCCAAGGAUGUGCUCAAGCAGGUACGCCCCGCGGCGGUCGACGGUCUGCGCGGCGCCGACUCCCACCUCAAGGCCUACGAGCGCGCGCAAGAGAUGCUGCGGGACCUCGAGACCAAGCUCGUCGGCCGCCCGCGCGCUGACCAGCUCGACACGAACUGGCUCUUCGAUGCACUGCUGCUGGGAUCGUCCUCGAGCAUCUGGCAGCCGCAGCCGUGCAUCGACCACUUGCUGCCACCUCCGGCUCCGGCUCCGGCUUCGGCUCCAGCACCAGCCCCGGCGCCGCGCGACCGCUUCGCCGAUGAAAACGCCAGUGUCAGCAAGAAGCUGGCGGCGCUCCAGGCGAACAUGCUUAAUGUGGACGCGCAGCCCUUCUACUCUCUGCGAGUGCCGCCGCUUGCAGCGAAGCCUCAUAACACGCUGCCUCAGCAGCAGCCGCAGCAGAAACCACAUAACACGCUGUCUCAGCAGCAGCAGCAGCAGAAGCCAGCUCCUGCCCAUGAUCCCUUGGGCAACCUGAAGAGGACACGGUCCGGCAAUUGCAUGGACAAGGCAGGAGCAGUGGUGGACAAGGAGCAGGAGCAGAGCAUCGACGAGAACAGCGGCAGGAGGAAGUCGCUCUCUGCUGAGGACAGAUGGCCAGAGCUGCCCGACCACAGCGCGUUCGACGAGGCCAUCGUCGCGGCUGUCCUGGGCCCAGUGCUCGACGACGAACCAGCAGCUGCUGAAGGGAACGGCCAUGGCAAGCUGCCGACGAGCUGCGACACGAGCCCAGCGGUGAAGGAAAAGAUCGGCAAGAGGCUGAGGAUCUUCCAGGACAUCACACAGACAGUGAACAAUUUCUGAUUCGUUUCGGUUUUGUUACUCACAACAGGCAGGCUUGAGGUGGCGAUACAGAGAAGGAGAAAGGGCUUGUUCUCCUGGGAGCUCCUGCCUGGCAACUAAAUUAAUCAGGGAUUCAAUUCGAUUUUAAUUUUAAUCAGGGAUUUAAUUAACACACCAAAAUAACAGCUGAUUCUUUUGUUCGCUUCUUCAGCUUGACACUUUAGGAAGCGUGUUCUUCCUUUGCCACAAGGCUCUCCUUGAAAUAGAAGUGGACUGCAUCUUGUUCUAAUUUCGUUUCUUUUGAAAUAACAAAGUUCAUUUGUGCUUA